CUUCAGUGUUACGAAUGUAACAACCUUCCACAAGUUCUUGGCGGAACUAGUUGUAACCUCGACAAUGUGAAAAAGCUCAUUUGUCCUCCUUUUUACGACAGAUGUAUGAAGAUGAAGUAUGACAUGUCUAUCGGCAUUGGUGCACCGCAAUUCGUCGAGCUUAGAAACUGCUCAGUUAGCGCAGCCUGUGAUCCCCAGUCUGACUUUAAUUCGUGCAAAAUGCUCAGUGAUGGCGGUCUAGUCUCCAACUGUACAAUGGACUGUUGCCAAGGCGAAUUGUGUAAUACUGGAGGGUCCACUUCAAAGCCAUCUACAGCUGGGGAGGGCUCAACUAAAAAAGGCAUCCAGUCCACUGCAAGUGUGGUCCAGUCCACUACAUCUAAACCAUCCGGCGCAGUACUGGGACCAGCUGUGAGCCUCGCCAGCAUUUUGUCUGCCGUAGUUCUACCAAAGAUUGUGGGAUUUAACUAAGACCAGCUAUCUCUUGCUAUUUCAUUUCAUAAAUUUUGCCACUUAAAGCUCGCUAGUUCUAGAAAAAUAUGAUACACUGUUUGUUACCAAUGUUAGUUUUAUUACUAGUAAGGAUUUAGAGUGUAACUGAUCUCAUCCUGGGUGAAAACGCGUACUGCUUUAAAUAAAGGAUUUUGUUAACGAA